ACUUCGUAGUUCUCCUUCCCUUUCACAACUUUGCUUCAAUUCGCGUGUUCCUGCAUGGAAAAUAAAGGGGGAGGCGGCCUCACGCUUGAACCCAAUCCAUUCAGAGCUAUCAAGCGCAGACAAUCAAUGGAUUCGGCCGCCGGCUUUGAGUUCCCGAUCAGCCUAGCUUGCCGCGAGGCCGCUCCAUCAUCCCAUGAUGAUCAGAAACCCGCUGGAGAGAUGGAUUUCUUCUCCAGCGAGAAGAAGGCCCGCGUUUCCACUCCUGUCGGAAUCCCUCUUGAUCUCAUGAUCAAGAAGGAAGAUCUCACCAUAAAUACUGGUUUGCACCUUGCCAACACCGGAAGCGACCAGUCGACGUUGGAUGAGGGUAUGUCGCUUAACGAAGAGGAAAAGGAAGGCAAGACUGAGCUUGUCGCGAUGCAGAGUGAGCUGGGGAGGAUGACCGAGGAGAACCAGAGAUUAAGAGGGAUGUUAAGCCAAGUGACCAACAACUACAACGCUCUUCACAUGCACUUUAUGGCUCUAAUGCAGCAACGAAACCAGAAUAACAAAAGCAAUAAUAUUACACAGAGCCAAGAGGCUGUUUCUGAUGAUCAAUUGAGGAAGCAGGAGAACGUUGGAGUAGCUAUCGUGCCACGGCAAUUCAUUGACUUAGGCCUCGCUGCCGGCGAUGCCGACGAGCCGUCGACCCAUUCUUCGACCGAUGGAGGCAGUCAGGAUCCGUCAUCGCAGUCUCAGGCGAAUAAGGAGAAGAGCGCAAACAGUAAAGAAAUGAUGGUUUUUGAACGCGAAGGUAAUGGCUUUGUGAGAGAGGAAAGCCCUGAGAAUUCUUCACAUGUAUGGGCUCCGAACAAUCAACCCAAAGUAGGAGGGGUUGGCCUAAAACCAGCAGAACAAGCUCAGGAAGCUACCAUGCGAAAGGCUCGCGUCUCUGUUCGAGCUCGAUCUGAAGCUCCCAUGAUAGCGGAUGGUUGCCAAUGGCGGAAAUAUGGGCAGAAGAUGGCCAAGGGAAAUCCAUGUCCCCGAGCUUACUACAGAUGUACCAUGGCUACAGGCUGCCCCGUUCGCAAGCAGGUUCAAAGGUGCGCCGAGGACCGUUCCAUCCUCAUAACAACCUACGAAGGAAACCACAACCACCCUCUUCCACCGCCGGCCAUGGCGAUGGCGUCAACCACCUCAGCAGCAGCCUCGAUGCUCCUCUCCGGUUCGAUGCCGAGCAACGACGGCUUGAUGAACUCCAACGUUCUCGCCCGAACCAUUCUCCCAUGCUCCUCAAGCAUGGCUACUAUAUCCGCUUCCGCUCCUUUUCCUACGGUCACCUUAGAUCUCACUCAAUCGCCCACCCCGCUUCAAUACCAACAGCGCCCGCCGCCUCCUCAGUUCCACCUGCCGCCAACGCAACCUGCUCAACCGUCCUCUCUGCCACAUAUCUUUGGUCAAGCGAUAUAUAAUCAGUCUAAAUUCUCUGGAUUGCAGAUGUCGUCAGCGGAGGUGGCAAGGCCGCCCCCGCCACAUAACCUUGCCGAUUCAGUGAGCGCAGCAACCGCGGCAAUCACGGCGGAUCCUAACUUCACAGCGGCGCUGGCCGCCGCCAUCACGUCGAUUAUCGGCGGAACGCAUCAAGCAGGAAGCAGUAGCAAUAGUGGUGCAGUAAAUAAUAUUGUAAAAGUCAAUAAUGGUAGUAGCGGCAAGCCUGCUAGUUGGACCUUCCCUUCCAGUUAAGGAAGAUGAUGCUUAGCCUCGCUAAAAUUAGCCCGUUUUUUAGUUCAUUCUUUUCUUUUGUGGAGAGAAAGGAUAUCAAAUAUCAUACUGUUAAUUUACGUUUUUUCUUCUUUUUUUUGUAAGUUUUAUGAAGAAGAUGGGAGGGAAAUAACCAGAUAAAGCAAUGAGAAAGGAUGUUAAUUUAAUUAGUUUUAUUUCA